AUGGCAGCUAUGUUGCCGUGGAUGGCAAGGAAAUGGAGGAUUGUGUUGCCACGUUGGUCUACGAUCGGUAUUGUGCCUUCAUUUUCUCUCCAGAAGUUGCAGAGGAUUUCGAGGGAAUUUGGUUUCUUCUCUGAUGCUGCUUUGUAUGCAUCAGAGAGACUCACCAUUUUGAGAAAUGUAGAAGACAAGAAUGGAGCAAGAAAAUGGAAGAGGGUUGAAGUGAACCUUAAAGACCAUGUCAAGGUCCCAGUGUUCCCUAAAGGACUCUCACCUGCCCUAUACCAAGACCACUUCAAUGACUAUUUCUCCAAAAUAGCCACGGACCAACUUCCUCAAAACAGACCCUUAUGGGAAAUUCACAUUAUCAAGUUCCCUACAACAAAUGCAUCUGGCCACAUUAUUUUUAAGCUUCACCAUGCACUUGGUGAUGGCUAUUCUCUUAUGGGUGCUCUUCUUUCUUCCACACAAAGAGCUGACAAUCCUUCUAUUCCCUUAACUUUUCCUUCUCGCCAAUCACAGUCCCAACAGAAGGAAAAUGGUGAAAAAGUAGGCAAUAUUUUCCGGCAUGUGGGGAGGAUUUUCUCUGGAGUUUUUGACACUUUGCUGGAUUUUGGAGAGAGCAUUGUGAAGAGGCGCUAUGCGACGAUAAAUGAUGUAAUUGUGGAUAUUAUUUACUUGGGAAUUCGGAUGUAUAUGAAAGUAGCUAUAGAAAACAAUAAUGAUGAGUUGGGGAAUAAUAAUACAAAGACUACUGGACUGGUGCUACUCAAUACCAGAGCUAUAGGCGGUUACAAGUCAAAAGAGAUUAAGUAUGUUGAAGAUGCAUAA